AUGAUCGCGCGUCAGUACUUCGGUGCUCUGCUCGCCGCAGCCGGUGCCUUGCUUGCAUCGGCCAAGGAUGCCUUCAUGGUCGUGAAGGGUGGACCAGAAGACGAUCCAUGCCGCAAAGCCUACUCCGACGAGGCAUCCUGUGCAGCUGACACCACCAUGGGCGGAGGGUAGAAUUCUUUGAAUCUUGUAUUGGUUACAAAGAGACGUCACAUGAUUCUCCACAGUGAUAGUUUAUAUGUAGUCCAUACUGUAGGUCAAGGUAUGUCCAUGGAGACCUCUUGCAAAACCAUGAAAAUUUUGAAGAUGGUCGCAAGCGAAAACCGUCUUGACGAAACCCCUAGUAAAGCCUCGCCAUUUUUUUGUCGCAGCGCACCUGUGAAAUCCUCUCUCAUUUUUUUGAAUGGAGUUUUCAUGUGUGUGUCUUCCUCCCCAACAAAGAUGCUUUACGAUUCAUCUCAUGGAAUAUUUAUCACGAGCGACACAGACUCUAUCAGAAUAUUUAGGUCGAGUUAGGCAUUUAAUUUCGCGUUAGGCAUUUAAUUUCGCGUUAGGCAUUUAAUUUCGCGUUAGGCAUUUAAUUUCGCGUUAGGCUUUUAAUUUCGCGUUAGGCUUUUAAUUUCGCGUUAGGCUUUUAAUUUCGCGUUAGGCAUUUAUUUCCGCGUUAGGCAUUUAUUUCCGCGUUAGGCAUUUAAUUCCGCGUUAGGCAUUUAAUUCCGCGUUAGGCAUUUAAUUCCGCGUUAGGCAUUUAAUUCCGCGUUAGGCAUUUAAUUUCCCUCUUCCAACGACUUUUUUAGAUGCGUGUGGUGCCGCUGCUCGGCGUUGCCCUCGUCCUGCUGGACUGUCACCAACGCGAAGCAUCUGCCUAAGGCCGUUUUUGAUUGCCAUUUUCCUUCCGACAAGGCGAUCGCGGAAGCGGAGGAGAAGGUUGAAGAAAUAGCGGAGGCCCUCCCUGCUGGAAAAGUAGUCGAGAUGUGGGUCUGAGUUUAAUAUCAUGUGGGUGGAGUCCAAUACGAGUCGUACCUCUACAUUCGAGAGACCACCAGCUUCUUGGGUGUUCCAUAUGUAUUCUAAAUCAACGUCAGCCUGGACAACUAAAAGAACAUCAUUAUUAUUUCAUCAUGGUAAAGAAGGAGAGAACAAAAAGAAAUAACGCUCGUCCUGAAAAACGUUCCUGAUCCACCGAAAGUUGUGUUGAACCAAAUAAGUCGUCUCUACUCAACACCAGGGGUCCGAUUCGGAAUCCUUAAGAUCAUAUGAUUCCUCUUCACAGCCUCGACCAUGACUGCUGAAGUGGCACUCAAGAACAAACUGCAAGGUAUAACCGUGAGAGAGUCUGCACCAGAUUCACAUGCUCUGCGUCUCGAAGAGACUUCUGAGAAGCGAAAGACAGAAU